GAAAAGCUUUUACUACAAUCUCAGAUUUUCAGUUAAAGUAUCUGUUUCAGUAGAUAGACAUAAGUCUGGAUUCACAUAGUGGGGGAAGAAGAGAGCUGGAAAAUCAGUGCUCUUUCUCAGUACUUGUAAUGACUACAUACUCCAGCUCUCCUUUACUACAUUAAAGAAGUAGUUUCCUCUUAUGCGAUAAAAAAAAGAAGCUUCAACAUACUAUUUCUCUUUUACUGAAAGUGGUGCUGUUUCUUGCCUUCUUAUUUUUGUACUAACUUCUAUAUUUAGAAUAUCAUGGAAAAUAAUUUGGAAUAUUCUUCCCCAGAAACAGCUGCAGAAUUAGCUGUCCUUUAAGAACACUCCCUCGGGGUUUUUUUCCGAUGCAAAAGCAGACUUAUUACCAUCACUGUUUAUUAUACCCACUUGUUCUGCCUGGUGUCCCUCCACAUUCUCGUCCUUUCAGUCCUUUCCACAGCCUAAAAGCGUCACACAAUGCACUGGGUUGGGCCGCAGCCCCUCAGGCCCACACCAGGUUUCUGGAAGGUUCUGAGGGGCCGCUCCCGAGGCCUCUCCCCCCCUCAGCAGGACGAGUGGGCUGAGGGGACACAACCGGCUGUGGUCUCCUCGCUUCACACCGAGGCCAGAGCUUCUUUCUCGGCAGUAGUAUUUGUCAUCUUUCCAAGCUUUUCAGAAGGUGGCAGCUGAGAUUUCACUGCAAAGCCACUAAACAGUUGAAAAAAUGACAGAAAGCGGUGGGCAGGAACAAUCAAGAUGGAUAACAACAGUCAUCAUGAGUACAGCUCUGCAGAACCAUGAAAUUUCUACAAUUCUACAGAGGCAACACCACCGAGUCCGAUAUUCAGAUUCAGUAGAAACUGGAUCCGUGAUUUUUUCUCUUUCUGGGGUUGCAUUUAUACUGGCAGACACUCAAGACUUGCUAAUGGCAGGUGAAGAACAGUUUUUCAGAAGAAUUCAGAAGUUCAUAAACAUUCAUCGGAACAGUUUUUUGGUUUUGUCAGCUGCUCUUCAUGGACCAGAAGAAUGGAAGGUCAUGUUUCGGAUUCAGAGAAGAUUCCUGGGCAGUAACUUACGUGUAAUACCAGUUCAUAAUGCCGCUGAAACUGUAAAGUUAAUGUUGACUAUAGCUAAGGUAACUUCCAGGCCACGAGCAGAUGAUAUUCGUUACAAAAUGGCAAUGACAAAAGCCCAAAUAAUAGAGAAGAGUCCAGUUUGGAAGAUGCUUCAGGAGUACCAGUUGCAUUGUAAUUAAUUUAGUAUUUGGGGGUUUUAUUCAUAAAUAGAGUGGCUAAAUUUUAAACAAAAUAUAGAAUGUUCUUAAAAAUAUAGUUACAUUUCAAAAGAUGUGUACACAGCUUAUGCUUUUGGAAUGAAAAAUUAUAUUAAAUAACUAUACAGUGAAAAAUAGCAUACAUCGUGCCAAAUGUUCAUUCUAAGAAAUAAAGCGGUUUAGCUGCACUAUAGAAAAAAGCCAUCCUUAUUUUUAACUUACGAGCUCAUCUGUUUAUAAUCAUUUCUCAAAAAUAUUUCAUAUCACUUAAGGAAAACAUUAUCAUUAAAGAUAGGGAUGAUCAAAACAAUUCCAAAAUGUUGAUUUCCCCUGCAUAAACAGGCAUGUAUGAAAUCUUAUGUUUUUCCUAAACAGAUGUUAUCUGUUGUAUUGCUGAGUUUUAACAUCUUAUUUGGCUCAAAGCUGAUGUGUUUCUCUUUAAACCUGGUUUCUCUUGCUGUAGUGUUUCUGCUGUUAUCUAUCUAUACCUUACAGUCCUGUUUGUAAACAUAGAAGCUCGACUGUCAACAUUAAAAAGUGCUAAUAAAAAUACCUUGUGCUUAAA